AUGGAAGUGCUCUCCAUGGGCGGCGCUAAUUCCUGGCCGGCGUCCGUUGCCGCGGCGGUGCUCGUCGCUGCCGUCGUCUCUGGCGCCCUGCGCUGGGCCAAGAAGUGGCGGUCGGCAAACGGCACGACGAGAGCGCGGCUCCCCGGCGGCUCGCUAGGAUGGCCGAUCAUCGGCGAGACGCUGGCCUUCAUCUCCGCCGCCUACUCGCCCCGCCCCGAGUCCUUCGUCGAGAAGCGCCGCCUCCUGUACGGGAAGGUGUUCAAGUCGCACCUGUGGGGGUCGCCGGCGGUGGUGAGCAGCGACGCGGAGGUGAGCCGCGCGGUGCUGCAGGCGGACGCGUCGUCGUUCGUGCCGUGGUACCCGCGGUCGCUGAUGGAGCUUAUGGGGACGUCGUCCAUCCUCGUGCUCGGCGGCGGCCUCCAGCGACGGGUGCACGGCCUCUCCGGCGCCUUCUUCAAGUCGCCGCAGCUCAAGGCGCGGCUCACGGCCGGCAUGCAGCGCCGCGUCGCCGAGGCCAUGGACGGGUGGCGUCGCCGUUGCCGCGGAGAGGGCGGCGGCGCCGUCGUGGUGCGCGUCCAGGACGAGGCCAAGUCGAUUGUGUUUGAAACCCUAGUAAGGGCGCUCAUAGGAUUAGAGCCAGGUCAGGAUAUGCAAUUCCUCAAGCAACAGUUCCAUGAAUUCAUUGCCGGCUUGAUAUCCAUUCCCAUUAAGCUCCCAGGGUCUCAGCUCUACAGAUCCAUCAAGGCUAAGAAAAGGAUGGCGAAGUUGAUCCAAAAGAUCAUCCAAGAGAAGAGGGAGAACGGGGUCUAUGAGGCUCCACACGACAUGAUUGACGUGUUGAUGAACAAUGGAAGUGAUGAGCUCACCGAUGAGCUGAUCUCCGACAAUAUGAUUGACUUCAUGAUACCCGCAGAGGACUCCGUGCCGGUGCUCAUAACACUUGCUGUCAAGUACCUCAGCGAGUGCCCCUUAGCUCUAGAACAACUAGAGGAGGAAAACAUGGAGCUCAAGAGGAGGAAAUCUGACAUGGGCGAAACCCUGCAGUGGACAGACUACAUGUCACUCGCGUUCACGCAGCAUGUGAUCACGGAGACACUGCGGAUUGGUAACAUCAUAAACGGGAUCAUGCGCAAGGCAGUGAAGGACGUGGAGGUGAAGGGGGAGCUCCUCAUUCCCAAGGGGUGGUGUGUCUUCCUCUACUUCCGAUCUGUCCACCUUGACGGCCACGUCUACGAUGACCCCUAUGCCUUCAAUCCAUGGAGGUGGAAGGGAAGGGACAUCAUGGCCGGCAGCAGCUACUUCACUCCCUUCGGUGGAGGGCAGAGGCUAUGCCCAGGGGUCGACCUGGCCAGGCUUGAAGCUUCCAUCUUUCUGCAUCACCUCGUAACCAGCUUCAGCUGGGUGGCAGAUGAGGACACCGUCGUCAACUUCCCCACGGUGCGGCUCAAGCGAGGAAUGCCCAUCAAAAUCACGCCCAAGACAUAGGAACUGCUACUCCAGACACCAGCAUCAGGAUUUCAGAAUCUAGUUUCGUUUGUCCUAGAACUAGGAAUACCUAUCUGUUAUGCCCACAUGUAUAUUUUCACUGAAGGUGAGGUGGAACAUGUACAGAGAUAUCAAAGUCUCCAAUAGCUUCAGCG